AUGCCGGAUGUCCAUGCUGCGUCUACUAUUUUAGAUGACAUAAUUAAUGAGUUGAAAUUGACGUAUGACUCGUCAGUAGGACUUUUGGAUGGUGAUUCCAUACAAAACAUGCCGAAUGUGAAUACGUUAACGAAUUUGAACAAGUUGCUCAAAAAUCUUUGGAAACAAUUGAACGAGGUGGAAUUGACGGAUGACAAGGUGCUUUCAAGAAUAAACUCAAUAAAAGCCCGUAAGAGGAAGUUUGGCUCGCAGAAAGAGAAUAAUAGAAAACGAACAAUCAGCGAACUCGACGAACAGAGCAAAGAGGAAGAAAAUGAACAACAAGAAGGAGGCGAACGCAAAGGCGAACGCAAAGGCGAACGCGAAGGCGAACGCGAACCAACCGGUGUGUACAGCAAGAGAAGGAAAACAAAUGUCAUGCCUAAUUCAGAGCUUGAAUAUAAACAAGUUUAUGCACAGGAGAAUAACAACUCGCAACAACUCAACUCCAAAGACGAUCCUGUACCGCCUAUUCAAUCGGGAUCUUUUACUCAGGAAAACGACACAAGGCUAAAAAACCCUCAUUCGGAAUACGUUGAGCCACAAACUUUGUCUGCAGAGGCAAUAGCAAAACUAGGACUAUAUUCCGAGGACAAUGAUGGUUUAGAAACUCAUGGAACUGAAUUUCUAAAGAAAAAAUAUGGUGUUGCUUCUUAUCCUGAAAAUGAUCUUCUCGAUUUGCUUCCUGGACUGAUUCCCAAUAUUGAUUUUUCAAAAAACAAACCACCAACAAACCAGGUCCUAUUUACAACAUUCCAAUCUUAUAUCGAAUCGUAUUUCCGUCCGUUUAAUAACGACGACCUAAAAUUUCUCAGUGAAAAAAAUGUUAUACCUCCGGGAUUCGAAAGUCUUGGAUACGAGGCUGAUCUAACCCCUUUUGUGAUACCAAAACUAGGGAGAUUUUAUGCAGAUGUCUGGAUAGAAGAGGACCCGAGUCUAGCUCCCAAGUUGAAUUCACCUGUACAAUAUCUGGCUUACCCAGCAGAGGAGUCUAAAGCAAAAGGAUCCGUUAGUUUACUAAAUGACGAUGUUUUGUAUACAGAGGAAAUCUCCUGCGGACCACUUUCCAGUCGAUUAUUAUCAGCAAUACUAAGCAAUCACGAGGGGAAAGAAGAGGAAGUCGAAGAAGAGGGCGCAGGAGGAACAGGAAUAGUGGUAGGAGGGGGGGACAACGUAUCAAGUAGAGGUGAGGUAAAAGAAGAAGCCAAUGACAAUGAGUCAAGCAAAAACUUACUUGCAGAAGACGAGGUUGCCACCCAGCUUAAUAGCAAUGAAGACUAUAGAAUGACAACGGAAACUAGUGAUUACCAGUCCAUUGAAGAACGUUUGAAGAGGGAACUAAAGUAUAUAGGUAUAUUUAUGAACUUGCCAUUGAUUGAUGAUUCCAAAAACACAAAGACCAAAUUGCAGCUACCUGGGCGAAUACCGAAAAGAUCAAACCAUAGCAUUAUAGAUAACGACGAGUGGAUAAAAAACAAAGAGGAUGACGAAGUUUGUGCUAAAAUACGCGCAUUGCAAAGAGAGUUGAAAGAGGUGAACAGCAGAAAUCGAGCAAAUAAGAAGAAGUUAAUUCCAAUAGUAGAAGAACAUAUUGCAUAUCAGGAAUAUUGCACCAUAUUAGAGGAGUUGGACAAACAAGUUGAUCAAGCAUACAUGAAAAGAUCAAAAGGGAAAGGAAAGAAAAAGAAAGUCGACACAAAUACCCCACAACAACGAGCGGUUAAUAGCGGGUUGAGAGUUUUGUUGGAAAAGAGAAAAAGAUGGAUCGAUAAUAUUGGAAUUUUAUUUCCUCCGUCUGAAAUUAUGAAACGUGUACCUAAUCAAUCCGUUAUGAUUAAAGAAGGAGAAGUUGAAGCAGAAACAAUCGAGAAUGGCGAUUUCGAUAAUAAUACAUCAUCGGCUGUGUCUAAAUUGAUAUAA